AUGGCGUUAAAUCCGCAGUACGAAGAGAUCGGCAAAGGAUUCGUCACCCAGUACUAUGCCUUAUUCGAUGACUCAACGCAACGACCGACUCUGGUAAACCUGUACAAUGCGGAACUAUCCUUCAUGACGUUCGAAGGGCAACAGAUCCAGGGCGCGGCAAAGAUUCUCGAAAAACUGCAGAGUCUCACGUUUCAAAACAUUAACCGUGCGCUAACGGCGGUCGAUUCGCAACCGAUGUUUGACGGUGGUGUGCUGAUAAACGUCCUAGGACGAUUGCAAUGUGACGAUGAUCCACCACACGCCUACUCCCAAACAUUUGUGUUGAAACCGAUCGGAACGUCGUUCUAUUGUGCACAUGAUAUUUUCCGCCUUAAUAUUCAUAAUACCGCAUAA